AUGCUAGCUGGUUUCCCUGCGAUAUAUCACAUCGAUGUGAAGGACGUCGCUUUACUGCAUGUCGCUGCUAUCCUAGAUCCAGAUAUCAACAACGAACGUCUUCAGGCCUGGGCAGAAAACUGCAACUGGAACGAUAUUCUCGCCAUCAUGCGCAAGAUGUACCCACAGCGUCAGUUUGUAGAUGAUCUCCCAGGUAUGGGGAAGCUUAGCAUCACGGCAGACUUCACGCUGCCGUUGGCUUUGUUGAAGAAGUGGGGAGACCAAAUUGGCUGGAGGACCUUGGAACAGACUGUUGAAGACAAUGUGAAGUCAAUCCAGGAACUAGACUCAAGGACCUAG